AUGAGCACAUUCGGUAGCCCCGGUGCCCUGCCGGCCACGAAGCCUACACCACCCCAGCGUGGGAGCUUUCCUCUUGACCACGAUGGCGAGUGCAAGACCGUCAUGACAAAGUACCUAGCAUGCAUGAAAAAAGUGCGAGGCGUCAAUGAAGACGAAUGCCGCGACCUGGCAAAGGCCUACCUCUCGUGCAGAAUGGACAGAAACCUCAUGGCCAGGGACGAGUUCAAAAACCUGGGCUUUGCAGAACCUCCACCGCCUCCAGCUCCAGCAAAGGAGCCGGAAAAGGGCGUCAAGGGCGAGCUGCGGUGGUAA